AUGAUUCAUGCUACGAAUAGUGAACACGAGAAAUUCCUACAGAGAAGGCAUCGUAUAAUUUUAAUUGAAUGUUUAGUGUUGAUGAUUCUUGAGUUCUCAAAGGAUAAUAAUGCAUUCGUGGUAGAUUCAGGCAUGUAUUCGUGGUCGACCUUACAAGUGUUUAGUCACUUGUGGAUAAGAAUUUUCAGAUACCAAGUUAUUCUGCUGAAACAGUUGAAGGAUAUAGAAAUGAUGUUACUAGCUAUUGCCUUUGUAGCCUCAAAUUCCACUGCCAUCAUGACGACUGCUUGGACCUGGAUGGAAAAUUUGAUAGGAAUAGUGAUUUUGUCCGCUUUUAAGGAUGUAAAAACAUAUGAAGAGACUCAAGUAGUGUAUGGCUACAGCAUGUGGUAA